CGCGGCCGGGGCGGAAUGCGUCACCGCCGCGCUGACUGCGGGCAGGAAGCGCAGUGUUUCCUCAUGAUGGCGGCUGUGGUCGUGGUGCGGGUCUCGGGCGGGCGGCUAGGCCUCAACGCUGCGGCGAGCAGGGCGUUCUGGGGCGGCGUGAGGAAGGAGGAAAAAGAAGUAGAAGCAGACAAAAUAAUUCAUCAAGAGAAAAGUGAGCCCAGCCUGAUCUGUCCCCCACCACGCAGCAGAAGCUAUCAUCCUCCGGAGGAUAUACAGAGCUACCUUGAGUCUCACGUCAAGGAGAUUUUUGGACCCUCGCUUCCUGAUAGUUGGCAGCAGACACCCCUCAAAGAUAACAGGUUAAAGUAUCGCCUGCUGGCUCAGCUGGCAGCAGAACUUGGUCACGCUGUCCCCAAUUCACAGCUCCACCUGAUGCGCAGUGCUGAGGAUGUCUUGAAUUUCUAUAGCACUCCUGUGAAGGAUGCGUCCAGAUUUGAUGAACUGUGUGCUGCAGAGCUACCCCGAAACCUGAAGAUUAACUGGGAGCAGUGAGUCGCACCACGAAGCAUUGCUUUGCUUUGCUUGUGUUCGUAAGGCAGGACUACAGAACGGAAGCAGAGCCCUUUCAUUGUGGUAGCAACCGAAUGCAUGAAUAUCACUAAUAAAACUUCAUUUAGUUGUC